CAGACAAUAUGCUUUUCUAUCUCGCUCUCUUCAAAUGUCACACGCGCUCUGAUAUGUUCACGCGCUUAAAAUAGAGACAAAACUCGUGUAUCUCUUUCGUCCACCAUUUUCAUCUCUCUCUCGAAGCUUCGUCAUGCGUUAUCUUCUCUAAACACCAUAGAUUCCCGAUUCGAUUCCUUCUCCGAAACCUUAGAAACUUUCCCCCGAAUCCAAGAUCCAAUCAAUGGCCGUCAUCCCCGGAUCAGAUCCACCUUCACGAAUCCACCCCGAACCCCAACCCCUAGAACAAAUCGACCACUUCGAUCGGCUCCCAGACUCGAUCCUCCUCCUCGUCCUCAACAGAAUCGCCGACGUCAAAUCCCUCGGCCGAUGCUGCGCCGUCUCCCGCAGAUUCCACUCCCUCGUUCCCCAGGUCGAAAACGUCGUCGUCCGCGUCGAUUGCGUCAUCUCCGACGACGAUAACUCCUCCCUAUCCUCGGUUAAACCCCCCUCCGCCGCGUCCUCGUCUUUCUCCGCCGUAUUUAGCCUCGUCGUCGGCGGCAUUGUCAAGCCGUUGCAAGCCUUAGGUCAAUUACUCGGCACGAAUAGAUCUUCUUCCGCGUCUUCUCUGUUUAUGAAUGGAGAGAUCGAACAAGGAGGCGUCACGCACCAUUCUCCUACGCAGGUUUUGAGAAACUUCGAUGAGAUUCGUUUCUUGCGGAUCGAGCUACCUAGCGGCGAGCUCGGUAUAGACGAAGGAGUCUUGUUGAAAUGGAGAGCUGAGUUUGGCUCAACGUUAGAUAACUGCGUGAUCCUCGGCGCAUCCUCAGUGAUUCAACCCAGUCCAAUGGAAAUUUCUCAUACGCUUCAAGCUCCCGACGCCUCCGAGGAUAACGGGAGUAUACCGGAAUCGUUUUACACUAACGGAGGUCUAAAGCUCCGUGUUGUAUGGACAAUCAGCUCAUUGAUUGCCGCAUCAGCACGACACUACUUGCUACAGCCUAUAAUCUCAGAGCACAAGACGCUGAAGAGUUUAGUGCUCACUGAUUCAGAUGGGCAAGGUGUGCUUUGUAUGAACAAGGAUCAGCUUGAAGAGCUUAGGGUGAAACCGUUGUCAGCUUCGUCGGCUUCGAAGAGGACCCUUGUGCCUGCCUUGAACAUGAGACUAUGGUAUGCUCCGAGUUUGGAGUUGCCUGAUGGAACUGUGUUGAAAGGUGCGACUUUAGUGGCGAUAAGGCCUAGUGAGUCGAAGAAGGAUGUGUCUGAUGCGAAUUGGGUGUCUUCGGCUUUUGAGGAGCCUUACGAGACAGCUGCUAAGAUGCUUGUUAAGAGAAGGACGUACUGUCUAGAAAUGAACUCCUUCUAGCUUGAAGGGUUUAUAAGUCAUAUCCGCGGAGAAGAAGAGAAUGAACUAAAUCCAGUUUUGAUGAAUGAUGAAUCCAGAAACCAAUCAUGUUGCCUACUACAUCUGCUAGCAAUUUUUUUUUCUUGGGAGCUUACGCUUAUGCAGGAUCACAGUGUCGUAUAUCAACAAAUUACUUAUGUCAUGUAAGAGCUUUUUUUGGCAUGUCAAGUCUUCAGCUUUGUAUACUUUUAUGUGAAUAUUUGUAGGUAUGAGAAAUACAUUUGCUUGUCACUAAAAAGUUAUUUAAGGGAAAGCAAAAAACAGAGUCAACUUUUUUUUUUCUGA